AUGUCGGAUCGAGAAGAUCUUGACGUUGUUGCUGCUGUUAUGCUGUUGCUGCAGAAACUGUGCCCGAAGAAACUUGCCUUGAAAUCAAAAGAUGUCUACAUGAACAAGCCCUCUGCAAAGGAAAUCUGGAAUGCUCUCGAGGAGCAAUACAAGGAUAAGGAGAAGCUUUCCAUGUCUCACAUCAUUGAUAAGUUCUUUGACUCCAAAUUCGAAGAUGGCACUAAGUCAGCGCCCAAGAAGCCUCGUCUCCUGUCGUCGCAAACGACGACAAAUUCUCAUACUUCGACAUCGAACACCACUCGGAGCUUCGAUACGAGCUCGAGUCACCAAGAUGCCAGCUUUAAGGAGAGCUUGCCAGGGCACGUGCGAGCUCCGGCGGUGUUCAAGUGUGUACGUGUGACGUCGGUGGAGGACGAUGGAGAGGAUGAGUAUGCGUACCAAGCAAUGGUGAAGAUUGGGGGCCAUGUUUUUAAAGGGUUUCUUUAUGAUCAAGGAUCCGAUGAAGGAGCUGGAGUUGACAACAGCAACAACAAUGCAAACAAUAACAGCAAUGCAAUUCCUAAUAUUUCAGAGCUUCAUUUGGGAGGCGGAUCUGGCGCCGGCGCCGGCGGCCGGAGUAUGGUUCCGGCGACCGACAUGUCGAGUUUACUCGGAGGUACAAAUUAUGGCAACCAAAUAAGUUAAUUUAUGAUUAUAGCUCCUCUCGAUCAUGAAUGAUGAACAAGUAAAAUAUCUGAUAUUAUUGUCUAGUUUUAAUUCUUUGUAUGAUUGGUAUCAUGCAUUGUAUUGUAUGUAACUUUUUUAGACCAUUAGUCAAUAAUUAAUCUCAUCUAAGAUUAUAUAUA